UACAGACGUUGGUUUUAGUUAACCAACUGGUCACCGAUAGGAAGAUGGCGUCCGGGUCGAUCGAGAUCCCCUUGCGGGAUACGGAUGAGGUGAUCGAGUUGGACUUGGAUCAACUACCAGAAGGAGAUGAGGUUCUCAGUAUUCUCCGCCAGGAAAUGGCGCCACUUCAUCUCUGGGUUACAUUGGCUCUUGAAUACUACAAACAGACAUAUGUUGAGGAUUUUGUCAAGAUUUUGGAGGCUUCACGUACUGAUGCUAGUCUGGACUAUCAGAACUUUGAGCGUGAUCAGAUGCGAGCACUUGACACCCUUGCUGCAUAUUAUGUACAGAUGGCUCAUAGAGAGAAAAACAAAGAUGACAAGAGAGAAUUGUUCACCAAAGCCACUCUGCUGUACACAACAGCUGAUAAAAUCAUUAUGUACGACCAGAACCACUUGCUGGGCCGAGCCUACUUCUGUCUGUUGGAGGGGGACAAGAUGGACCAGGCUGAUGCACAGUUUAACUUUGUGCUGAACCAGUCAAGUAACAAUAUCCCCUCACUGCUGGGCAAAGCCUGCAUUGCCUUCAACAAGAAAGACUAUCGAGGUUCCCUGGCAUAUUACAAGAAAGCCCUGAGAACAAACCCCAACUGCCCUGCCUCAGUCAGACUAGGCAUGGGGCACUGCUUCGUCAAACUUACCAGGCUGGAAAAAGCAAGGAUGGCUUUUGAACGGGCCUUGAUGCUUGACGCCAACUGUGUAGGUGCGUUGGUUGGCCUGGCUAUCCUGGAACUGAAUGCCAAAACCCAGGAUUCAAUCAAGAAUGGUGUACAGCUGCUCUCAAAGGCCUACACCAUUGAUUCCACUAACCCCAUGGUCCUCAACCAUCUUGCCAACCAUUUCUUCUACAAGAAGGAUUACCAGAAGGUUCAGCACCUGGCCCUGCAUGCCUUCCACAACACAGAGAACGAGGCCAUGAGAGCUGAGAGUUGUUACCAGCUGGCCAGAGCCUUCCAUGUACAGGGCGACUAUGACCAGGCCUUCCAGUACUAUUACCAGUCUACACAGUUCUCACCCGGCAACUUUGUGCUUCCCUUCUUUGGACUUGGUCAGAUGUACAUCUACAGAGGAGAUAAUGACAAUGCCUCCCAGUGUUUUGAGAAGGUGCUGAAGGCUCAGCCCGGCAACUAUGAGACGAUGAAGAUCCUUGGGUCACUGUAUGCCAACUCCCCAGAGUCUGAACGCAGAGACACAGCAAAACAACACUUGAAGAAGGUGACUGAACAGUUCCCGGAUGAUGUCGAGGCCUGGAUUGAGCUGGCACAGAUUCUGGAACAGUCCGACGUACAGGGUGCAUUGUCAGCAUAUGGAACAGCAACACGUAUCCUGAAGGAGAAAGUUCAGGCCGAUGUACCUCCUGAGAUCCUCAACAAUGUUGCUGCCCUCCACUUCAGGCUCGGCAACUACCAAGAGGCCAAGAAGUAUUAUGAAGCAUCAUUAGAGAGAUCUCGGAACGAGGCUCAACAUGAUGAAACCUACUACAGCGCCAUCUCCGUGACAACCACAUACAACCUGGCACGACUGUACGAGGCGCUGAAUGAGUAUGAUAAAGCGGACAAACUCUACAGGAACAUCCUCAGGGAGCAUCCUAACUAUGUAGACUGUUAUCUGCGACUGGGCUGUAUGGCUCGAGACAGAGGUCAGAUCUAUGAGGCAUCAGAUUGGUUCAAGGAAGCUUUACAGAUUAAUCAGGAUCAUCCUGAUGCGUGGUCGCUGAUCGGCAACCUCCAUUUGGCUAAACAAGAGUGGGGGCCUGGACAGAAGAAGUUUGAGCGUAUCCUGCAACGGCCUGGUACGAAGGAUGAUGCCUACUCCCUGAUUGCCCUCGGCAACGUGUGGCUGCAGACUCUUCAUCAACCAAUGAGAGAUAAGGACAAGGAAAAGCGUCACCAGGACCGAGCCCUCGCCAUGUACAAGCAGGUCAUGAGGAAUGAUUCUCGCAACAUCUGGGCUGCUAAUGGCAUUGGCUGUGUGCUGGCACACAAGGGCUGUAUCAACGAGUCUCGGGAUGUGUUCGCUCAGGUCCGCGAGGCCACGGCCGACUUCUGUGACGUGUGGCUUAACAUCGCUCACAUCUAUGUGGAGCAGAAGCAGUAUGUGGCCGCAGUGCAGAUGUACGAGAAUGCACUGAAAAAGUUCUUCAAACACCACAAUGUAGAAGUGAUGGUGUACCUUGCCCGAGCCUACUUCAAGUGUGGGAAACUGGCAGAAUGUAAACAGGUGCUCUUGAAGGCUCGCCAUGUGGCUCCCCACGACACAGUCUUACUGUUCAACAUCUCCCUGGUGCAACAGAGGCUGGCAACACAGAUCCUCAAGGAUGAGAAGAGCAACCUCAAGACUGUACUCAGUGCUGUCCGUGACCUGGAGCUGGCUCACAGAUAUUUCAGCUACCUUGGUCAGUUCGGAGACAGGAUGAAGUUCGAUUUGAACCAGGCUGCUGCUGAGGCCAGACAAUGCUCUGAUCUGCUGAGUCAGGCUCAGUACCAUGUGGCCCGGGCGAGGAAGAUUGAUGAGGAAGAGAGAGACUUGAGGAAAAAGCAGGAGGAAGACCGAGAGGCCCUUAGACUCCGACAGAGGCAGGAGGAGGAUGAGAAGCAGCGGAUGCGUGAGGAGGUGGAGCGUCGCCUGUUUGAACAGAGAGCUGUGUUUGUGGAGAAGGCAAAGAAGAUUGCUAAAGAACCAGAGAUGGAAGAAAAACCAAAGAAAAGCGGAGGCAGGAAAUCAAAGAGGAAUUAUGAUGGAGACAUCAUCUCGGAUGGAAGUGAGGAUGAAAUGCCCCGCAAGAAGAAGAAGAAGCGACAUGCUAGCAGUGGCUCGGAGGGAGAAGAGGACCAGGAGAAUAGGAGGAAGAAGAAGAACAAGAGAAGAUCCAAACACAACAGAGACACUGAUGAUUCUGGUGAUGAGGGAGGCAAGAAGGAACGCAAGCCAAGGAAGAGGAAGCAAAGAGAUCCCAAGGAGUCCAAGAGGAAGGACAAGAAGAAGAGGGUGGAUGAAGAUGAAGAUGGGUUGACAGCCAAACAGAGGAGGAAGAUUGUCUCAAAGGCCAUAAUCUCCUCAAGUGAAGGCUCUGAUUCUGAUGGGGGCAAGAAACUCCAGAUCGAUGACAGUGGCAGUGGUAGUGGUGGUGGUGGUGGAAAGAGAAGACGCAUUCUUUCUGACAGUGACAGUGGUGGAGGACGCAAGUCAGGAUCUGGAUCCGAUAGGUCCAGGUCCAGGUCCAGAUCAAGAUCUGGCUCUAGGUCAAGGUCAGGUUCUGGAUCAAGGUCACGAUCACGGUCACGUUCGGGUUCCAGGUCAGGCUCUGGUUCACGAUCAAGGUCACGUUCUCGCUCUAAGUCUGGGUCAAGAUCACGGUCUGGAUCCAGAUCGCGAUCAGGAUCUAGGUCAAGAUCAGGGUCUAGGUCACGAUCUGGGUCGAGAUCUAGAUCGAGAUCUGGGUCGAGAUCUAGAUCAAGAUCUGGUUCAAGGUCACGAUCACGCUCAAAAUCAGGAUCUAGGUCACGAUCUGGAUCCAGAUCUAGAUCAGGCUCAAGGUCACGUUCGAGAUCAAGAUCAAGGUCUGGCUCUAGGUCUGGCUCAGGAUCAGAGAAGGGUUCAAGAAGAGGGAGCGGUGAUGAAAGGAGUGUCAAGUCCGGGGGAGAAUCUGGGAAUGAGUCCCGAGGGAACAAGUCUGGCAGUGGCAAUGAGAGCAACUGAGAAGGAAAACAGUUUGCUCCAUCACAAAUCACAUUGUACAGAGGUACAAGACAAUUUGUACUGGACAUUUCUAUACAUUUUCUUUUUGCUUCUCUGUUUUGAUUAUAUUGGUCAUCACUGAAAAUUACCUCACAUAUAACUGAGGGUUUGAUGCACAUUUUCAAUAGAUAUCACAUGCUGACUGUUUAUUUCCCUAUAAAUGUAUGUGAAAUGUGGAAAUAAUCAUGAAAUUAAUUUCAUGUCAUUGUCAGCAUGGUCAGUAAAAAGUGUAAAUUGAUGACAGUAAUUAUUUUUAUUCUCUAUGCGCUGACAACACAAAUCCAUUUUGCUAAUUAUUUUUAAUGUAUAUUAGCAAUGAUAAGAUGCAUGUAAUAUCAACAUCAUCUCUUUUUCAUUAUGUAAAUACAAUGUAGUUACAAAAGAUACGGGGUAUGUUCAGGAUAUGUUUCUUAUGUUAAUAAGGAUGUCAACUGGUUUGAUAAACAUUGCCAUGCAAGGUGCACAAUAGGUGUCAAGUACUCCAUGCUUGUCUACACAUGUGCAUUCUGGGGCAGAAAAUAGUCUACAGUAACUCUCUUGCUAUAAGAGUCUGUUAAAUCAGGUUGUCACAGUGUUCAUUGUGUGUGAUCUUAUCCUGAUGGAUUGUAAGCUUGCCCUUUCUAUCAACCACUGGUUUUGUUGGUUAUUUACAGGAUGCAGUGAUAUACUGUUAAUGAAAUGCAUUAUUGUGGAAGUUCUUCACAAUUGUCAUGAGAUAUCAACAUGGCAAAGUCAUAGUUUCCAGAAUGAAAGGUACAUGUUGCAACCAUUGCACCAUUACUGGUGGUGAAGUAUCGAAAAUCAAAUCUUUGUAAUAAUCUAAAAAAUCAGUAAAAGUCCUCAGCAUUGUGACAGCUCUUUGAUCUAAGCAUUGACGUGACAGUACCAGACAAGUUUGGUAAAUGUUUGUGUUGACCAGGGAGCAGAUACUUUUGUAUGUUCUCAGAUGGGUGGUGAUGAUAUCUGUCUGUAGAAGGUCAUGUUGAACCAAUGACUUACAUAACAGCCACUGUCCAGUAUGCUAAGUACUGGUAUGGGAUUGUAUGGAUUUUAUACCCCAUUGGUACAUGAUUGAAGCCAAUUGAAGCCUUGGUGUCCCCUCCAUAAUAUUGCUUCAGUGAAAAUCCUACUCACCAACUUCAUGUACAUCUAUCCAGUCAAGGUACCUUCAUAUGUUGAUUUUGAUAUCCGACAGCAUCUGAUUUGUACCUGUUGAUAAAUUUGCUAUACGUUUUCAUUUCAAUAAACUUUGGUCUACUACA